AUGAUAGCAACCUCUCGCAUGGAAUUUGUGAAUGGAUAUUUGAAAUGGUUAUUACACAAUUCAAAUGCAUCAUUAUGUGAUCUUAUGACCGAAAUUCAUCGGCUUCUUGACCAGCAAGACAAAGAAAACGAAUAUAAUUUUUGGAAAUUAUCUAUUCCCACCAAAAGAGACUUUCGUGAAGAAAGUCUAACAGUUCUUAAACAAAAACUAGCUUACGGAAAAGUACACAGUGCAUAUAAAAAAGCUCUCUGUAAGGCAUUGCAAACCAAUUCAAAGUCACAACGGCUCAUUGCGUUACUUCAAGAAUUUGCUGAAGAAAAUAGUAGUGAACAAUCCGAUUCAGAUGAAAGUUCAGAAAGUAAUGGCAACGAUGAAAAAAAUGAUUUUGCAAUAAGUCAAUUAAAAAAUCCAAAGAAUCGUCAUGGAAAAGGAUGA